UAAACAGCUAAAGUUCAAAAGGCAAAUGAAGUGAUGGAUGAGUUGUGUUUGUGUCCAGGUCUCCAGUCUACUAUGGAUGAGGAGAGAGAGGAGGAGGGUCCUACCUCUAUGACCACUCUGUCUGGGGAACAUGGCCGCCGGAGCAAAGCUAAGAGCCCAGAGAAGCAGCAGAGAGCAGACUCCCCUGGACCCAGCUGUGUCUCCAUGAAGAGUGACCGCUCUAUGGAACAACCUUAUGAGAACGCACACGCUUUCCUAGACAAGGAGCUGAAGAAGCUCUGGAGGGAUCUCUUCUCAGACUACCCACAAUGCUCAGAGGGUCAGAGAGUGGAGGAGGAGGAGGUGGAUGGUAAGAAGGAGGAGCAGAGGAGGCGCGCCAUAGAGGGAGUGGUGGACAUCACAAAGCUCUGCCUGAUGGAGAUGAACCAGGAGGGACUGGCCGACACACUGUUGAGCGGAUCUGAUGCUGUCGAUUGCCAACAUAAAAUCAAGUCUCAUUUGAAGAAGAAGUUCAGGUGUGUGUUUGAGGGAAUCGCUAAAGCAGGACAGCGAACAGAUCUGAACGUCUUCUACACAGAGAUCUUCAUCACAGAGAGAGACAGUGGAGAGGUCAACAAGGAACAUGAGGUCAGACUGAUUGAAACUGCUUUGAGGAAACCGGUCAAGGAAGAAACAGCAAUCAAAUGUGAAGACAUCUUUAAACCCUUACCUGGAAAAGAUAAACCAAUCAGGACAAUAAUGACAACAGGGGUGGCCGGUAUUGGUAAAACCAUCUUAACACACAAGUUCAUUCUGGACUGGGCUGAAGGCAUAACCAACCAGGACAUACACUUCACAUUUCUCCUCACUUUCAGAGAGCUGAAUUUACUGAAAGGGAAAGAGUUUAGCUUGGUGGAACUUCUUCAUCACUUCUUUAUUGAGACCAAAGAAGCAGGAAUCUGCAGAUUCGACCGGUUCCAAGUUGUCUUCAUCUUGGAUGGACUGGAUGAGUGUCGACUUCUUCUGGACUUCCAGAACAACCCGAUAUGGAAUGAUGUCACAAAGUCCACCUCGGUGGACAUGCUGCUGACAAACCUCAUCAGGGGCGACCUGCUUCCCUCCGCUCGCAUCUGGAUAACCACACGCCCUGCGGCAGCCAAUCAGAUCCCUGCUGAGUGUGUUGACCAGGUGACAGAGGUGAGAGGGUUCACCGACCCACAGAAGGAGGAGUACUUCAGGAAAAGAUUCAGAGAGGAGAAGCUGGCCAGCACAAUCAUCUCCCACGUCAAGAAAUCACGAAGCCUCCACAUCAUGUGUCACAUCCCAGUCUUCUGUUGGAUCACUGCUUCAGUUCUGGAGGACAUCUUCAAAAAAUCCCAGAUCGAAGAGAUGCCCAAGACCGUGACUCAGAUGUACAGCCACUUCCUGAGGGUUCAGUCCAUACAGGGGGACAGGAAGUACCAUAGGAGGGCUGAAACAGAUCCAGACUGGAGCUCAGAGAGCAGGGAGAUCAUUGUUUCUCUUGGAAAACUUGCUUUUAACCAGCUGGAGAGUGGCAAACUGAUCUUCUACGAGGCAGAUAUGGCAGAGUGUGACAUCGAUAUCAGAGCAGCCUCAUUGUACUCAGGAGUGUUCACCCAGAUCUUUAAAGAGGAGUGUGCGCUGUACCAGGACAAAGUGUUCUGCUUUGUCCAUCUGAGCAUCCAGGAGUUUCUGGCUGCCCUUUAUGUCUUUCAGUCCUUCAUCGAUACUGGUGUCAAUCUGCUCUCAGAAGAACCACCAACCUCCAGGAACGAUAAACUCCUCUACCAGAGUGCUGUGGACAAGGCUUUACAGAGUGAGAACGGACACCUGGACUUGUUCCUCCGCUUCCUCCUGGGCCUCUCUCUGGAGACCAAUCAGAUUAUCCUACGGGGUCUGCUGGGACAGAAAAAAAGAUCACUGACCACUCAGAUUAAAACAGGUCUGCUUCGACUGAAAGGAAGUAGCUCACAGACCAAUAAGGGAACAGUGUCUUACAUCAAGAAGAAGAUAAAAGGAGACCUAUCUCCAGAGAGAAGCUUCAAUCUGUUCCACUGUCUGAAUGAGCUGAACGACUGUUCUCUAGUGAAGGAGAUCCAACAGUACCUGACAUCAGGAAGUCUCUCCGGAAAACCUCUCUCCCCUGCUCAGUGGUCAGCUCUGGUCUUCAUCUUAUUGACAUCAGAAGAGGAGCUGGACGUGUUUGACCUGAAGAAAUACUCUGCUUCAGAGGAGGGUCUUCUGAGGCUGCUGCCAGUGGUCAAAGCCUCCAAAACAUCUCUGCUGAAUGGCUGCCAUCUGUCAGAGAGAAGCUGUGAAGCUCUGGCCUCAGUUCUCAGCUCCAACUCCUCUAGUCUGAGAGAGAUGGACCUGAGUACCAAUGAUCUGAAGGAUUCAGGAGUGAAGCUGCUCUCUGCUGGACUGGGGAAUCCACACUGUACACUGGAAACUCUCAGCUUGUCUGGCUGCCUGGUCACGCAGGAAGGCUGUGCUUCUCUGGCCUCAGCUCUGAGCUCCAACCCCUCCCAUCUGAGAGAGCUGGACCUGAGCUACAAUCACCCAGGAGACUCUGGAGCUGCGCUGCUCUCUGCUGGACUGGAGGAUCCACGCUGGAGACUGGACACUCUCAGUGUGGAGCACGUUGGAGUGUGGAGGCUGAAACCAGCUCUAAAGAAGUAUGCCUGUGACCUCACACUGGACCCCAACACGGCCUACAGACACCUCUCUCUGUCUGAGGACAACAGGAAGGUGACGGGAACCCAGAGGGAGCAGGGCCCCGCGGGGGCCGGUGAGGUUGUUGUGGGGGUCCUGGCGGCCGGCUCCAACAGGCUGUCCGUGUGGUUGAGGCCCAGAGAGAGCACCAGAAUCUUGGUGUGA